AUGGCUCUCUCCUCACACUAUCACGAGCACAAGCCAAAUGUGCCAAUCAUUAUGGAAGAUGUGUUCGGCUGGGUUCGCGAGGGAAAUGCCUUUCAAGUCCGAGUCUGGCUUGACGAUCAUGAGCACGACCUUAAUGUCGGCGAUGAUCACGCAUUCUCUUUGCUUCACUGGGCUUCGAAAGAAGGACAUGUUUCUAUUGCUGAGAUGUUGUUGUCCAGGGGAGCACGAGUGAACGCUACAAACAUGGGCGACGACACUAGCCUUCAUUUGGCUGCGGCUCACGGCCACAGGCCUAUCGCUGUUAAACUUCUUGCUCGCAAAGCUGAUGUACACGCGACCAACGAACACGGUAUGACGCCGCUGCACUACGCCUGCUACUGGGGAUACGAGCAGAUUGCCGAGGAUUUAAUCAUUUCCGGAGCUCAGAUUGGAGCGUGCAAUAAGCGAGGUCAAACUCCUAUGGACGUGUGUCAAGGACCGAGUCGACAAGCUAUCGCUGAAAUAGCCAUCGAAAACGGGCAAAAUCCAAAUGAACGAAUACCGUUCAAGGAUCAGACUUGGAAAGGCACUAAAUCCCGUACACGAGAUGCGACGUUGUCCAGAUACACGGGAGUCGACGUGUCUUCGCUGAAUCUUAUCACGAAGAUCGCAGAAUCUCAUUCGGGGGAACUUUGGCGUGGUAAAUGGCAAGGUAACGACAUAGUGGCACGCAUACUCGCUUUACACGAAGUCACUCCAAGGAUCUCUCGUGAUUUCCAGACUGAGUUCCCAGCACUCAGAAUCUUCGCCCAUACGAACAUCUGCCCUGUAUUGGCGGCGGCGAAUCAACCUCCGAACCUCGUUGUCAUAAGUCAGUACAUGCCUUUCGGCAGUCUUUACAAUGUGCUUCAUGAACAAAGUUCUGUGGUUAUCGACCAUAGCCAAGCUAUUCGUUUCGCCGUGGACAUCGCUCGAGGAAUGUCGUACUUGCACAGUCUUGAUCCCUCUAUCCUCAGGUUCUACUUGUCGUCAAAACACGUUGUUGUUGAUGAAGAGUUGACUGCGAAGCUCUCAAUGGCAGACACCAAGUUUUCUUUCCAGGAAGUAGGAAGGUUGUAUUCUCCUGCCUGGAUGAGCCCAGAAGCCCUCCAACGAGACCCUGAAGAUCUUAAUAUUCGGGCAGCCGACAUGUGGAGUUUCGGCAUUAUGUUGUGGGAGUUGAACACCAGGGAAGUGCCGUUUUCGGACCUCCCUCCUAUGGAGUGUGGAAUGAAGAUAGCACUCGAAGGACUGCGAGUUCAGAUUCCACCUGGUAUUGCGAGAAAUAUGAGUCGACUGAUGAACAUUUGUCUCAAUGAAGACCCGGGCAGGAGACCAAACUUUGAUCAAAUAAUACCUAUACUUGAAAAGAUGUCACAAUGA